AUGGCCACCUCUCAGGGUGGUAGCAGUUACAGGAAUGGGACGCACACUCACAGAACCUCUCUCAAACCUCAGGUCAAGUCAAAGCCUGGGCAACGCCGUAAUAGCACCGGCAAGGACCACGCUGCUGUUCCUGGAAGAGUUAGAGUGGCUGUUAGAUUGCGGCCACGGAACGCAGAGGAAUCUGUGGCGGAUGCUGACUUUGCUGAUUGUGUGGAACUGCAGCCGGAGCUCAAGAGGUUGAAACUUCGGAAAAACAACUGGGAUGCUGAUACCUAUGAAUUUGAUGAGGUGCUAACCGAAUUUUCAUCACAAAAACGUGUUUAUGAAGUUGUGGCCAGGCCUGUUGUGGAGAGUGUACUGGAUGGCUACAAUGGGACAAUUAUGGCGUAUGGGCAAACUGGUACUGGUAAAACUUAUACUCUUGGACGACUUGGAGAGGAAGACAAUGCUGCACGUGGAAUAAUGGUGCGGGCCAUGGAGGAUAUUCUUGCAGAUGUUUCUUUGGAAACUGAUUCAGUCUCAGUCUCUUAUUUUCAGCUUUAUAUGGAGACCAUACAAGAUCUGCUUGACCCUGCUAAUGAUAACAUAACCAUCGUAGAAGAUCCCAAAACUGGUGAUGUUUCAUUACCUGGUGCAAGCCUAGUGGACAUUAGGGACCAGCGGAGUUUUGUAGAACUAUUAAGAUUAGGAGAGGCUCACCGAUUUGCUGCAAAUACAAAAUUGAAUACAGAAUCGUCUAGAAGUCAUGCUAUUCUGAUGGUUCAUGUAAGGAGAUUCGUGAAAGGGAGAGAUCCUUCUCUUUCAAGUGAAAAUGGCAAUCAUCCACACAUGGUUAAAUCAAUAAAGCCACCUGUUGUUAGGAAAGGCAAGUUGGUUGUUGUAGAUCUUGCUGGUUCAGAGCGAAUUGACAAGUCAGGUUUUGAAGGACAUACAUUAGAGGAAGCCAAAUCUAUCAACCUGUCCUUGAGUGCACUGGGGAAGUGUAUUAAUGCACUUGCAGAGAAUAGUGCACAUGUGCCAUUUCGUGACUCAAAGCUUACUCGAUUAUUACGUGAUUCAUUUGGAGAAGUCACCCCUUUUGAAGUCCCAUGGAUAUUGGAUGGAAAUCUUGGGUUAAAGAAGCUCAUAAGUACAGCAAGAACUUCACUAGUCAUUACUAUUGGUCCAUCACCACGACAUAGGGGAGAGACUGCCAGUACUAUAAUGUUUGGACAGAGGGCUAUGAAGGUGGAAAACAUGGUAAAAUUGAAGGAGGAAUUUGAUUACAAAAGCUUAUCUAGGAGGUUAGAUAUAGAAUUAGACAAACUCAUUGUGGAACAUGAAAGACAGCAGAAGGCAUUUGAAGAUGAGGUUGAAAGGUUAGCCACUGAAGCACAACAACGAAUAGCUGAUGCUGAACGAAACUAUGUAGAUUCAUUGGAGAAGGAAAGAUCAAAAUAUCAGAAGGACUAUAUGGAGUCAAUUAAGAAGCUUGAAGAGCAGUUAGUGAUGAAUCAACGGAAGAACGAGGAGCCUCAUAUGAAAUCUAGUGGAGAGACUCCCAGAGUCUCUGUUGAGGAACUGGCUGAUUUGAAAAAAAUGCUUCAGAAAGAGGCUCAUCUAAGAAAAGCUGCUGAAGGGGAAGUAAACAAUCUAAAGAGUCAGGUGGUGGAACUAAAAAAGUCAGAGGCAUCAGGAAAGUCGGAGAUCUUAAACCUUCACAACAUUUUGGAAGAUAAGGAACAUCAAAUAAAGAAACUUGAAGGAGAAAUAGCAAUUUUACAGAGUCAUUUGUUGCAGUUAAGACUUGAAGUAGAUGAGACAAAACGGCACUCUGACAGAGGUGGGUUUGAAAAAGAAACCGGUGGUCUUAAUUCUCUCACUUCUCAAGUUAAGCAACAGCAGCAGCAGCAAACUUCAGCAAAUGGAGAGAAGCCCUCAAUAGCCAAACUGUUUGAGCAAGUGGGAUUGCAGAAAAUUUUGUCUUUGCUUGAAGCUGAAGAUGCUGAUGUGCGAAUUCAUGCUGUGAAAGUUGUAGCAAAUCUAGCUGCUGAAGUGUUUGUGAAAACAAACCAUAAGAACCCACUGGCCCUAACAUCUAUCCGACUUGAUAUUACAGAAACAAAUCAAGGGAAGAUUGUGGAAGCAGGAGGGCUCACAUCCUUACUUAACCUGCUUAAGAGCUCACAAGAUGAGACCAUUCAUAGGGUUGCUGCUGGUGCAAUUGCAAAUUUGGCAAUGAAUGAAGCCAACCAAGAACUCAUUAUGGCCCAAGGGGGCAUUAGUUUGCUGUCAAUGACUGCAGCUAAUGCUGAAGAUCCUCAAACCCUUCGAAUGGUUGCUGGAGCUAUUGCUAAUCUUUGUGGCAAUGAUAAACUACAAACAAAACUAAGGAGCGAAGGUGGUAUCAAGGCCCUGCUGGGAAUGGUCAGAUGCAGACAUCCCGAUGUACAUGCACAAGUUGCUCGUGGAAUAGCAAAUUUUGCGAAGUGCGAGUCAAGAGCAUCUAGUCAAGGGACAAAGAGUGGUAGAUCUUUCCUCAUUGAGGAUGGUGCCCUUCCAUGGAUUGUGCAAAAUGCAAACAACGAAGCCUCAUCAGUUAGGCGUCAUAUAGAGCUUGCACUCUGUCACUUAGCACAACAUGAAAUAAAUGCAAGAGACAUGAUUAGUGGGGGUGCAUUGUGGGAACUAGUUCGUAUCUCCCGAGAUUGUUCAAGAGAAGAUAUAAAGACUCUUGCACAUCGAACACUAGUCUCCAGCCCCACUUUCCAAGCUGAAAUGAGGCGUUUGCGGGUAAAUUACUGA